AUGCCUUUGGGUCAUGGAAUUCUAAUAAGUGACUCAGUUUGGCUCAUUUUAAGGUUUUUGUAUUCUGAUGGCUUCAUGAAAAAAGGAAACGAUGAUUUUAGGCGAGAACAAACAAUGUCAUAUCCUUCUGUUAAUGCCCUAUUAGGUCAUGCUGUGAUAAGUUUCAAUUUAAAACCGAAAACCAUGAAAAGAGCAUUAAAACACCAGGAAAUCAAUUUGAUUAAAUGA